CAUAGGCAUAGUGCUCAUUGUAGCUCACGAACAAACACAGAAAGCAUCUACACUUGAUUGAGUUUGGCGACACAAGACAUGUUUUCUUAGUUGUGUGAAGCGUUGCCUUAAGUGGAUAAUAUGCUGCGCAGGAAAACCUACCAAGUUCAGGACCUUCAGGGGGAGAUAGAUGGCCACACAGAACUGUACCACUCUCUGGAUGAGAAUGGUCAGCGUAUCGUGACGUCUCUGACCGGCUCAGACGAUGCCGUACUCCUACAGAGUCGCCUGGACAACAUGGGCCAGCGCUGGGACGAGCUCCGCAGCAAAACCAUGAGUAUGAGAUCUCACCUGGAAGGGGAAAUGGCUCCAUGGAAGAGGAUACACAUGACCCUUCAGGAGCUGAUAGCCUGGCUGCAGAUGAAGACUGACCUGCUGGAGCAGGAACCACCAGUAGGGGGCGACGUCCCUGCUGUGCAACAACAGCUGGACACACACAGGAGCUUCAGGAGAGAUCUGAGGGCCAAGGGCCCGGUGGUUAACGGGGCUCUGGACCAGGUUCAGAUCUUCCUGUCUGAGCUGCCUGCUGAGAGGGAGCCUCAGCCUGUCCAGAGAGACAUCAGUCCAGAGGAGCGUGCCCAGAACGUGGGGCGUGUCCUGCGAAAGGAAGCAGAGGAUGUGGCGUCUGGGUGGGAGGGGCUUAACGAGGAGGCCGCUGAUUGGCAGAGGAGGCUGGAGCUGGCUCUGGAUAGGCUGUUGGAGCUUCAGAAGGCCCAGGACCAGCUGGAGCUGAGGCUGAGCCAGGCUGAGAUGGUGAAGGAGGCCUGGGAGCCUGUAGGAGACCUGCUCAUAGACUCACUACCUGAACACAUCGACAGGGUCAAGGCGUUCCAGGCAGAGAUAGCUCCUAUCAAAGACGAUGUGAGUCACGUCAACAACCUGGCCUCUACCUUCGGCCCUCCUGACCUCGUCCUCUCACGACCCAACCUGGACAGACUGGAUGAUCUCAACACACGCUGGAGGAUGCUACAGAUCUCCAUCAAAGACCAUCUGAAGCAGCUGACAGAUGCUCAGAGGGACUUUGGCUCUCUGCAGGGUUCUGUUCAAGGUCCAUUUGAGCAGGCGGUCUCACCCAAUAACGUGCCCUACUACAUCAACCACCAGACACAGACAACAUGCUGGGACCAUCCCAAGAUGGCCGACCUCUACCAGUCUCUGGCCGACCUGAACAACGUGCGUUUCUCAGCCUACCGGACAGCCAUGAAGCUGAGACGCCUGCAGAAAGCUCUGUGUCUGGACCUCCUGGGUAUGCCCGCAGCGUGUGAGGUCUUUGAGCAGCAUGGCCUGAAGCAGAAUGAGCAUCUGAUGGACAUCAUGCAGGUGAUGACGUGUCUGACCAGCCUCUAUGAGAAACUGGACCAGCAACAUGGGAACCUGGUCAACGUCCCGCUGUGUGUCGACAUGUGUCUCAACUGGCUGCUCAAUGUUUAUGACACAGGAAGAAGUGGAAAAAUCAGAACUCUGUCCUUCAAAACCGGCAUCAUCUCACUAUGCAAAGCACACCUGGAGGACAAAUACAGAUUCCUGUUCCGCCAGGUAGCCAGUGCAACAGGGUUCUGUGACCAGCGGAGGCUGGGUCUUCUCCUCCAUGACUCCAUCCAGAUCCCCCGUCAGCUGGGAGAGGUGGCCUCCUUCGGGGGCUCCAACAUCGAGCCCAGCGUCCGCAGCUGCUUCCAGUUUGCCAAUAACAAGCCAGAGCUGGAAGCUGCUAUGUUCCUGGACUGGAUGCGUCUGGAGCCUCAGUCGAUGGUGUGGCUGCCUGUCUUACACCGUGUGGCAGCUGCUGAGACAGCCAAACACCAGGCCAAGUGUAACAUCUGCAAGGAGUGUCCUAUCAUCGGCUUCAGGUACCGAAGCUUAAAGCAUUUUAACUAUGACAUCUGCCAAAGCUGCUUCUUCUCUGGUCGUGUGGCUAAGGGACACAAGAUGCAAUACCCCAUGGUGGAGUACUGUACACCGACUACGUCAGGGGAGGAUGUGAGGGACUUUGCCAAGGUACUGAAAAACAAAUUCAGGACCAAACGAUACUUCGCUAAGCACCCCCGUAUGGGCUACCUCCCUGUGCAGACCAUCCUGGAGGGGGACAACCUGGAGACUCCCGUAACUCUGAUCAACUUCUGGCCGGUAGAUCAUGCGCCUGCGUCCUCCCCCCAGCUUUCCCAUGACGACACACAUUCACGCAUCGAGCAUUACGCCAGCCGGUUAGCUGAAAUGGAGAACCGUAAUGGAUCUUAUCUGAAUGACAGUAUCUCACCCAAUGAGAGCAUUGAUGAUGAACACCUGUUGAUUCAGCACUACUGUCAGAGUCUGAACCAGGGCUCUCCCCUCAGCCAGCCACGCAGCCCCGCCCAGAUCCUCAUCUCCAUGGAGAGUGAGGAGAAGGGGGAGCUGGAGAGGGUGCUCAACGACCUGGAGUCAGACAACAGGAAGCUACAGGCGGAGUAUGACAAGUUGAAGAAGGCCCACGACCACAAGGGUCUGUCCCCACUCCCCUCACCCCCGGAGAUGCUGCCCGCUUCGCCCCAGAGCCCACGGGACGCCGAGCUGAUCGCUGAGGCCAAACUGCUGAGGCAGCACAAAGGACGGCUGGAGGCUCGCAUGCAGAUCCUGGAGGACCAUAACAAACAACUGGAGUCACAGCUACACCGGCUCAGACAGCUACUGGAACAGACUGACUCCAAGGUGAACGGUACAGCCCUGUCCUCUCCCUCCACCUCGUCCCAGCGCUCUGACACCAGUCUGCCUCUGAUGCGUGUAGCAGGCAGCCAGACUACAGAGACCAUGGGUGACGAUGAGCUGUCGAGUCCGUCCCAAGAUGCAUUGGGGCUAGAGGACGUGAUGGAGCAGCUAAACAACUCCUUCCCCCACAGCCAAGGACUGAGUGUAGGCAGUCUGUUCCACAUGGCAGACGACCUGGGUCGAGCCAUGGAGUCAUUGGUCAACGUGAUGACGGACGAACAGAGUGGCGAGUAGCGGAAGACGAGGGCCCGCCCCUUACCCACUCCCCAACCAACCCCCUCCCCCGCAUGCUUUUCUAGUCAAAACAACUGGAUUGGACACGUUUACAAAGAGAAAUAUACAUAUAUUUUUGUGAAGGAUAAGCAUUACAAAACUUGUAGAUUUCAGUAGUUUCUUAAAAGUAUUGAAAAUGGUUUUAUUAACAAAAGGCAGGUUUUUAAACUUCUAUGCAAUUGUAUAAAAACAUAAAGAGAAAGAAAAAGUGUGAAUCUUGUGAACGUCGUUCCAUUUCUUCGUAUGGAGCAUUUCACAACAUUUGUAUCAAAAAGAAAGAUUGUAAACAUAAGGGUGCUUUAUAUUACAAAACUAUGUUUAUUAUAACAACAAAAGAUGAUAUACUGUAAAGGCAAUGCAGUCGUCCUGUACCCUUUCAGCGUAGAGAGACUGACUGUGUGUAUGUAUGCACGUUUGUGUGUGUCUUGGUACGCAAGGAUGUGUGUGACGUGUGUGUGUGUGUGUGUGUGUGUGUGUGAAGGUAAUCUAUUUUCCACAUUGCAUUAUAGCUUUUGCUUUGGGCUGAUGCACCUCUUGUUGUUUAUCAAACCAUCCAUCCAUCCAUAGGUCAUAGGUCAUAUUUUUCUUUAGUAGUGUCUGUUUGAUGAUCAUAAUAUGAUACUAUGCCCUUUGCCUCAUUCAGCGCAGCUCUGGUCCACUCCUGUGUGUUGAAUCUACCACGAGGAGCCAUAGAGCACAGACUGAAAGGUCCAAUCUGGGAUAUUAACAGCCGUUAUUCUUGUUUUUCAAAUGAAGGAUUGGGCCUUUAACACUGACAGAAAGAAAGUAAUAGUGAUGUUUUAAUACCUAUUCAUAGUGGUUUUGUAGGAUUAUGACAUUUAAUGUAAAUGUAAUACCAUUUAAAA